AUGUUGAUCUUGACUUGCCAACACAGGCGUCGGCGACCCUUGAUCCCCCACUCAUCAUACUACUAUGGACCACCUCCAUCAGACUCGGCCUACGGAACGCCUCCAGUUGGACAAAUUGGUGUUCACCACCCUCGAGAAAUUGUACGCAUUGAAAGGGAUUAUGCCGGAGGGGAACUGACUCAGUUCUCUUCAACAUAUCCCAUUGAACUUGACGGCCGAAUAACACCGACUCAAUUCAUGGAGACCAUCAACGACAUCAACGAGCUUCUAAUAUCCGCGUAUAGCGUCCAUCACUCCUUUAUAUACAACUUUCUCGCAGUUGCCACCCUGCACCUCUCAUCCCUUUUCCUCACGUCACACUACGAUAAGGAGAUGCGGCGGCUAAAGCAGACGAUCGAGAGAAUAAAUACCCAAAUUUAUAACCCCGUUGGCCUCAACAUUUUGUGGCCCCGGAACGUCGCUUUUCUUUUCGUAAGUAUUUCAUCACUCAAGGGUCCCCGUGCUCAUCAUUACUUCACGACGAUCCGUCGCUUGACAACAACAGCUAGAGAUUGA